GUCGGAUUAACGAUUCGAAUUCUGGACCGGCUGUCGAGUUAUAUUGUAAUUAUAUAAUUAGACCUAAUUCCCAGAUGAUCCAGAUAUACUGAGUGCUCAUGAGCCAUUUUCUAAUCAUCUGGUUUCUCAGAAUGGCCUCCUCAACGUCCCACACGACCAAACAAUGGCUCCUCUCCUCCAAGCCAACUGGCGCCCCCAUACUUACCGGCCCUAACGCCACGUUCACCCUCCAAACACCCACUUUGCCCCCGCUGCGCGAAAACCAACUCCUCUGCAAAGUUCGCUACUUCUCCAAUGACACCGGCCUCCGUAAAUUCAUCCAAUCCACCGUAGCACCAGACCGCUUCUACGUCCCAAUCGUCCCCGUCGGGUCCCCCAUGCGCUCCGGCCUCAUCGCCGAGGUCGUUGAAUCCGCUUCCCCGUCCUUCAAAAAGGGGGAUAUGGUAGUAGAAUUUCACCAGGGUAAAUGGAGCAAACUUGUCAUUCUUGACGCGCCAAGUUGUCAAGUUCUCGAACCGCUCUCGGAUGGCCUGUCACUGACGCAUUACCUGGGCGCGUUUGGAGCUUCCGGACUGACGGCGUGGGCGGGUUUGCAUUUCGUGGGGCAGGUCAAGAAGGAGCAUGUGGUUGUUAUUUCCGCCGCAGCUGGGGCGACUGGUUCUAUGGCCGUGCAGGUUGCGGUGAGGAUUCUGGGUGCGAAAAGGGUGGUGGGAAUUGCUGGGUCCGACGAGAAGUGUAGGUGGGUCUGUGAGGAGCUCGGGGCGCACGCGUGUGUGAAUUACAAGAGUCCUUCUUUUGUGCAGGAUUUGAAGGCCGCCACGCCCGAGGAAGUGGAUGUGUAUUUCGACAACGUCGGCGGCGAAGUGUUGGAUGCGAUGCUGACAAGGAUGAAGAAGAAUGGUACGGUGGCGGUUUGUGGAGCAGUUAGUGGGUAUAAUGCGGAGGAACCUAUGAAACUGCGGAACUGGUUUGAGGUUGUCUCGAUGAGGAUCAUGAUCAGGGGGUUUAUUAUGUUGGAUUAUCUGGAGGAGGUUCCAGGGAUCUUAAAGAAGCUUAAGGCGGCUGCGGCGGAUGGGAGGAUUAGGUUGGGAGAGGGGGAGACACUUGUGGAGGCGAGGAUUGAGGAGCAGCCUGAGGUUUGGAUGAGAUUGUUCAGUGGGAGAAACCAGGGAAAGCUUGUCACUAAGUUGAUUGCAUAGAAAUGGAGAUUAGGCCAUGAAGAGAAGCCGGUCUUUACACGACAAUGCAAGUCGAUCAACGCCCUAGACAUCUCAUAACGAAAGGAAUUGGCUUCAAGAUUAGAAAGAAAAGAGAGAAAUCAUACAAACCAGAACAAGAGCACAGCGCAGACCCGAAGGCGU